AUGCAAAUGACUGAGGUGGUUGGGUUGUCCGUGCUCUGUAUUGGCUCAUUGGUUUACACAAAAUUAUACAGCAAGAGAUAUGACGAUCACGCCAGCUCGGGCUUACUUCAGAGUUUCCGAUAUCGGACGCCGAUUCCUACCAGUGCUCUUAUUGUUUUGCCCGCAAGACCAAGACUCCAAGACCAAGAGUUGGCACCGAAAACCCCACCCGCCGCACUCCCGCACAGGACAGGGCCUCCUCGCCGACUCGCGCGCACCAUCGUCCUCGCCGUCCGCGCAGCCAGCGGCGGCCUGCCUCCCUCGACGUCCGCCCCGACCCCUAUCCGCCGUCGCGUGCGAAGAUGCUCGACAUCGUUCCGCACGGACCGGGACAAGCACGGCGACCCCGAGCUUGUCCGCAACUCGCAACGCAGCCGCUUCGAGCCCGUCGAGCUCGUCGACGAGGUGAUCGCCCUCGACUUGGCGUGGCGCCAGAGGCAGGUGGAUGUCGACAAGAUCAGCCGGGAGCUCAACAAGACCAACAAGGAGAUCGGCAAGCUCAAGGCCGAAAACCAGGAUGCGACGGCGCUGAUACAGAGCACGGAAGAGAUUAAGGGCAGGUUGGCCGCCAUGAAAACGGAGGUGCAGGAGGCCAAGACCACCCUCGAUGCCAAGCUCGCCACCAUUGGCAACAUCGUCCAUGAAUCUGUUCCCGUCAGCAAAGACGAGGCAAACAAUGUGAUUGUGCGGACAUGGGGAGAGAGAAGACUAGAGGCGAACUUGAAGAAUCACGUGGAUCUUUGCAUAAUGCUUGACAUUGUAUCUUUGGAGAAAGGUGCUGAUGUAGCUGGUGGAAGAGGUUACUUCUUGAAGGGCGACGGUGUUCUCCUGAACCAGGCGUUGAUAAAUUUUGGGCUAGCAUUCCUGAGAAGAAGAGGCUUCACACCAAUGCAACCUCCCUUUUUCAUGAGAAAGGAAAUCAUGGGCAAAUGUGCCCAGUUGGCCCAGUUUGACGAGGAGCUCUACAAGGUAACAGGUGAUGGUGAGGAUAAGUAUCUCAUAGCUACAUCUGAGCAACCGCUAUGUGCUUAUCAUCUAGCUGAUCGAAUUUAUCCUGGUGAUUUACCGAUUAGAUAUUCUGGGUUUUCUACCUGCUUCCGGAAAGAAGCUGGUUCACAUGGGAGGGACACAGCUGGCAUCUUCAGAGUCCAUCAAUUUGAAAAGAUCGAACAGUUCUGUGUCACAAGUCCAAAUGACAAUGAAUCAUGGGAAAUGCAUGAGGAGAUGAUAAAAAAUUCAGAAGAUUUUUAUAAGGAGAUUGGCCUACCAUAUCAAGUAGUUUCGAUUGUCUCUGGUGCUCUUAAUGAUGCUGCAGCUAAAAAGUAUGAUUUGGAAGCAUGGUUCCCUGCGUCAAAAACCUUCAGAGAAUUGGUGUCCUGUUCAAAUUGCACAGAUUAUCAGGCAAGGAGACUUGGAAUAGGCUAUGGCCAGAAAAAGAAUGAUAAGCAAUCAAAGCAGUUUGUUCACAUGUUGAAUUCUACCCUGACUGCAACUGAGAGGACCCUUUGCUGUAUUCUGGAGAACUAUCAGAAGGAGGAUGGUGUUGAAGUGCCAAAGGUACUGCAACCAUACAUGGAUGGAAUAGAUUUCCUUCCUUUCAAGCGGCCUCUUGGUAGCAAACAAGCUAGUGACGCCAAACCCAACAAGUCUAAACCUAAGGGAAAUGCAGCUUGAGCUGUAAGAGGCGUGAACUGAAACUUAUCUGCAUCCGGGAGAUAAUGAUGCGUCCGUUUAUUAAUUUGUGGGGCGUUGUUUGUAGCAUGAUUGUCAUGUUACGGUUUUGGUACCCCAGUUUUGGAUGUUUUGGUUACAAAAUAUUGCAAUCCAGGAAGUUACCACAAAGUAUAUUACUAGUAUAUUUUAUAAUGUAUAUACUAUGAUUGUCAAAUUUACGACCUAGGGAUGUGUGUAAGCCUGUGAAGUAGGACGGAGGGAGUAUAUUGAUUGAUUUGUCAAUUGUCAAUUACACCAAUUAAUAUUUU